AUGGAUCAGAAGAGUCCUGGCAUUUUGCCCUCUCUUUUGUUGCACAACAGUCUUGUAUUCAAUUCCAUCACGCUUAUACUUUCUUUGCUCAGCGCGUACUUUGCAGCACAAUAUGUAUACUUUCUGACUUUGCAUCCUCUUGUGGAGUUUCCAGGGCCAAGGUUGUGUUCAAUCAGCCGGAUCCCAUAUUGGCUAGCCGCAAUUCAAGGAAGAGAUGUACAGUGGAUGUAUCAGUUGCACAUCAAAUAUGGACCCGUUGUUCGAUUUGGACCAACCGACCUCAGCUAUGCAACAGCACAGGCAUGGAGAGAUAUCCAUGGACACAGCAAGGGUAGACCAGAGAACCACAAAGCACCAGAAUUCUCCGCACAACCUAUCAAUGGUGUCCCAAGCAUGUUAAACGCCACUUUUGAGGAUCACGCACGAGUUCGCCGGCUCUUCUCGCCAGCCUUCUCCGACCGUGCACUUAAAAAGCAAGAACCCCUGUUCAAAGCAUAUGUAGACAUCCUAUUGACAAAGCUAGUUCAGAUUGCCGAUAGCCAGCAACCUGCUGAGUUGACGCAAUUGUUUAAUUUCGCUACCUUUGAUACUAUGGCUAAACUAUGCUUUGGUCAUUCUCUUAGCUUACUAGAGAAGAAUGAGCUAAGCCCUUGGGUUCGUUCUAUUUUUGAGUCACUUAAGAUGUUGCCCUUUGCAUCAAUUAUUGCUUACUAUCCCCUUCUAGACUCAAUGUUUAAGCGAUAUGAGCCUAGAUGGGUCACAGAGCAACGAAAAACUCACUGUCAGUACUCAGCUAACCGCGUGGAUCAACGUUUGCAAGAAGGUUCUGAUCAGCCUGACAUCUGGAAUCUUAUCAUCUUGGCACAGGACUCUAAGAACGCCCUCUCAACAGAGGAGAUGCAUUCAAACGCCGAAUUGUUCAUGAUGGCUGGAUCUGAAACCACAGCCACUUUGCUAAGUGGUCUAACAUAUUAUCUGCUCCAAAACACCAAACAGUGCACGCGUCUAAACAACGAACUUCGGAAUAGAUUCCAGUCACCUAAAGAUAUGACGUUUGACAGUCUUGCUCAGUGCAAGUACCUAAACGCUUGUUUGAAAGAAGGUCUCCGAAUCUACCCUCCAGUCCCUAUUGGAAGCCCUCGCGUUAUACCUGCAGGUGGUCAACAGAUUCUUGGGAAAUGGAUACCAGAAGAAACUAGAGUAUCAGUCCAUCACUACUCCACCUAUCGCUCCCAAGCCAACUUUCGGGAUUCUGACCAAUUCAUCCCAGAGCGGUGGAUGCCUAGAGAAAACGCCAUAUAUGCAAAUGAUGUGCAUGACGCUUUGCAGCCUUUUGGAUGGGGCCAUCGGAACUGCCUUGGUCAGAAUAUGGCUUUGCAUGAAAUACGGCUUAUUCUUGCUUCAGUCAUGUUAUGCUUCGACUUAGAGCUCUGCAAAGAGAGCCAAGGCUGGCUAGAACAGAAGUCCUUUGCGCUAUGGAUGAAGAAUCCUUUGUUAUGUAAGAUCAAAGCUCGUCAUACAGGGGAGGUUUUGAGUUAA